UUUAGUUCUCUUAAUGUAAAUAAGCUUGUAAGACCGGAAUUAAACAUGAAUUGUCUAGUUUAUGCUUUGAAACAAGCUAAAAUUGAUGAUAAAAUCAUAGAUUUAUAUCGUGUUCACUGUAUUUCUAGAUAUCAGAAAAUAAAGUUGAUAGAUGAAGUUUCUAAAUCAUGUAAUAUAAGAAUUCAAGUAAAAAGUGGAGAAUUAGUUCGUAAAUGUCAUGCUAACACUAUUAUGAAAUCUAUUGGAUCAAUCAGUAAAGAUGCUAUCGAAAUUAAUUUAUUCUUAUAUCGAGACACCAAUAUGAAAGGAGAUCAUUAUUUCUUAGAUAUUGAUUUACCUAUAACUCCAUUCUAUCUUAAGAACAGAGAAGAACUUAAUAAAUAUGCUUUAGAAAAUAAUUUAAGUAUUGAUAAUAUGUUUGAUAAACAACGUAAGAAAGGAAAUAAUUGUUAUACUAAGCCAGGCGCUAAAGAUACUAUAAAAUUUUCUGAGCUAAUAUUAUACAUUAGAGAUCAUAAUGGAUUUAAAUCGUAUUCAUUAUCUGAUGUACUUCAUUUACCAUCUGAUUUGUCAGAUUAUGUAAGUAAUAAUUUAGAAUCAUUAGAGUAUUUAGAUUAUGAGGUUAAAGAUAUUAAAUUAGAGUCAAAAAAUAAGAAAUUUAAACAAAAAAUACUACCAACAUAUUAUUAUGCUGAUUUUGAAGCUUCAACACAAAGAAUUCAUCAAGCUUAUUGUGUGUCUUAUUCUAAACGUAAUUCUAAUCAAAUAUGUAAUAAAUAUGGUAAUAAAUGUGUAGAAGAAUUUUUAAAUGAACUUAACAAUAAUUCUGUAAUAUACUUUCAUAAUUUGAAGUAUGAUUCUUGCUUCCUUGCUGAAUAUGGUAUUAACAAAUGUAUUAAGAAGGAUGGAAAAACAAUGAAGAUAAAUUUGAUAUAUAAUAAGAAGAAAAUAACAUUUAAAGAUAGUUAUUCUAUGAUAAGUACAGCAUUAAAUCAAUUUCCAAAGAUGUUUGGGUUAAGAAAUCUUCAAAAAGAGUUAUAUCCAUACAACUACUAUACUCAAGAACGUAUUCAAAAUAAUAUUGGAACUAUAUCAGAAGCAGGUGAAUAUGAGAUACAAAAAUGGACUGAAGCCGAAUAUAAACUAUUUAAUGAAAAUAUUUAUAAAAUAGAAAGUUGUAAAAUUGAUGAAAAUCAUUUUAAUAUGAUGUUGUAUUGUAAAUUAUACUGUAAUCAAGAUGUAAGAAUAUUAAAAGAAGGACAUACUCAAUUUAGAAUUGAUAACUUAUCUAGUUUAAAUAUAGAUGUAGAUAAAUUCAUUAGUAUUUCUGCAUUAGCUUACAACUAUUUUACAACACAUGUUUACUCAAAAAUUAAAGAUCUUAAACAAUAUAGUGGUAAAGUUAGAGAAUACAUUCAAGGUACAGUAUAUGGAGGAAGAUGUAUGACUAGAGACAAUAAAAAAUGGCAUGUAAGAGAUGAAUUAUAUGAUUAUGAUGCUUGUUCUCUAUAUCCCAGUGCUAUUCAUAGAUUAAAGUUAGCAACAGGAAAACCUAUUUUAAUACCAAAGAAUUUACUCAAUUCAACUAUAUUAAAUCACAUAAUGUUAGAACAACGAUUAGAACCUACAAAUGAACGUUAUAUAUAA